GCCGUUGGAUGUGGUCAUUUUUUCUUUACCUCUGCCUCCUCGUUUAUAGUCAAUGACGCGUGGGCCUGUUUCGUGCGGGGCCAGUUGCGAGACGGUAGGGUGCGUUUGUUCCGAGUCAGUCGUUUCUCCUGGCAACGCCCGCGCCUGCGCCUGGGGUGAAAACCCUAGAUCGUAAAAUAUCUGGCCCAUUCUCAGCACCGCGUCUCCUCUCUUCCGUCCCUCAACCGCGCCAGCCGCCGCGUCGCUGCCGCCGCCGAGCUCUCUCAUGUCGCCAGCGGACGGCAGCCCGGAGCCGCCGCAGUGGCGCGUCCCCCCUCGACCUACCCAGCGUCGGCGUGGCGCGUUGCCUCGCCGCCUCCCGCCUCCUCCUCGACGACCCCGAGCCGCCGUCGUCGCGCCUCUCUCCCUCGAGCACGUCGCGGAGGCGGCCGGCAGCGCGGGCCCGGGAGCAGCCGCGGGGCGCUGGAGCGCCGGCAGGCGACGCUCACGGCCGGUCGCGGGUGUCGCUCCCCCGAGCCGCCGCCGUCGGCGUGCCUCGCCCCCUCGCUCCUCUUCCGCGACCCGAGCUGCCGCCGUCCUCGACCUACCGAGCGGCAGAGGUGGAGGAGCAGUGAGGGGCGGCACUGGGACGGAGGUGGAGCACGGAUUCAGCGGCGGCGCACUUCGAGCAACGAGCGGGGCAGCGCACUUCGAGCAACGAGCGGUGAUGGCGGGCACAGUUCAUACGCCAAGCUUUGGCAUGGAUUUGAGCAAAGAGAAAAGUCACAGGAAUGUGAUUUGGAGAUGAUGGGCUCAAAAAAUGGUGAGAGAUGCCUGCCAACGUCUCUCUUCCUCGGCGCAUUCUCAUCUCCAUUAGGCAGGUGAGCUCCUACUUCCUCUCUUUCCGUCUCACGUUGCUUUGUGGGUACUGUGUCGUGUUCUUGUGUUGUUGGUUCUGUUGUGCUACUAGCUGCUGCUCGUUGCUUCCUUGUAGUCUCUUUGUGAGAAGCAAGGAUUGGGGAGAAGGCUAUGAGCCCGUGUAUAGCAUUCCUUGUUUUUUACCCUGUUUUUUGAAGGUCCUAUUCAGGUUUGGUGAUAGGGAAAAGCAUUGCCGGUUGUCAACACAAUUAGAGGGCCAGUGCUCAAAUGAUGUCCUAUCGAUAGGGCUGAAUUCUUAACCGGAGAUGGCGUUCAUGGUACUAGGCCUACUCUGGCAUAUACAUGUCUGUUUCAGAUUGAUAGCAUGGUAAUACCACUCAUUAAUAGGUGCAUAAAUAUUCUUUUGUCCCCCUUUUUAGAGUGGUAACAAUGUAAUACCACUCAUUAAUGGUAUGCGAGUUUUUAUGAGAGAAAAUUGUAUGGUUUAGUAUAGGACAUAAAAAUUCAUUUAUCUGACAUGUUUUGGGUUUUACGGCGCAAUAAUGGUAGAUCUGGAAAUUGGAAACUUUGUCAGUUUCUCCUUUUGAGGCAUAUAAAAUUGCUUAUGUUGAAGGCAAGAUACAUCGCUAUUGCUACCUGUGGCUGGAAGGGACAGGAAGAAAAAAGGGAUAGAUAGGUUUCAGCAUCUUGGAUGAGAAAUUCUCAUGAUGCUCACUCUGAUUCGUAAUUACUAAUUGUUGCU